GCUCAUACUUGUGUUUGAGUCGCACCUGCAGGAUACACUGGGCCCCUCUCACAUACACCUGAGCUUCAAACUCACAGAAUGAACUAACCUGGCCUGCCCUUGGAUGCACAACAGCCAGCCAGAUUCAGACUUAUUUUCAGUCUUGUAAUCCAACAGGAGAACUAAUCAAGCCUACAGUGGAAGAGAAUGAGAGGUGUUUUCCUGCUACUUGCCACCUCCUGUGCUUUUAUCAGUACAGCCUGGUGUCAGUGUCAGACAGGAUGGAGGCCCUACGAUAACCGCUGCUACUUCUUCUCCCCGUCCACACUGGGCUGGAACGAGGCGCGCACGGACUGCGAGUCCAAAGGUGGCGAUCUGAUGAGCAUCCAGAGCCUUCAUGAGAGGAAUUGGGUUCGCACUCAGGUUGGCGGACAGAUCUACUGGAUUGGUCUGAAUGACAUUGCAGAGGAGGGGGUGUGGGAGUGGACUGAUGGUUCUGUGUUUAACCCCAUCCUGGCGUACUGGAGGUCCGGUCAGCCUGAUAACUGGCAGGGCAAUGAGCACUGUGGACAGGUGGACUCCAAUGGCCGGUGGAACGACGAGCCCUGUGCAGUCCGUCGCCGUUAUAUCUGCAAGCAUCAAAAUCCUAAUCCUCCAGUUGAGUGUGAUGAGGCUAAUGGCUGGGAGCAGUACCAGUCUAGCUGCUACAAGCUGCGCUCCAACCUGAGGAAGAACUGGGUGGCAGCACGCACUGACUGCCUGCGUGAAGGCGGGGACCUUGUGUCAAUCACCUCCGCGGAAGAGGAGCAGUAUGUCACUAGCCGCCUGGAUCCCUCACGCUUUGACCUCUGGAUUGGCUACUCCACACUGGCCUGCACCACCCUCUCUUGUCAAGUACAACCCAACAGCACUCAGUUCAGCUGGUCAGACUCCACCGCCUCGUCCUUCGCCAACUGGGGAGAAAAUCAACCAGACCAAAGUGAUAAGGCAAGUGGGCUGUGCUCAGCUAUCAUAAAGGACAAUGGAGAGGAGUUUGGGAAAUGGAAGACCCACGUGUGCCGUUACGAGCGGCCCUACAUGUGCAAGCGCGGAUUGAACACCAUUUGCCCUCCCGGCUGGAUCAGCUUCAGCGGGAACUGCUACUGGAUUGUCAGCAACACCAACCUGCUGACCAGCUGGCACGAGUCCCUCUCCAUGUGCAUGGAUAUGGGGGCCAGCCUGGUCACCAUUAAGAGUGAGGGUGAGCAGUUCUUCGUUAAUGCCCAGCUCCCUGAUUUUCACCAAGUGGAAGUGCCUGAUAUCUGGAUUGGCCUCUCGGAUAAGGACCAGGAUGGUAAUUUCCAGUGGGUGGAUAAGACACAUGUGGAGUUCUCAAACUGGAGGGAGAAUUUCCCCCAGAACACAGCAAACAUGUGGGACUGUGGGCAGAUCUACACAGGAAACUACAACGGCAACUGGGAGACCACCAACUGCAAUAAGAGACUCGGCUACAUCUGUAAAAUGUCCGGUGGCCAAAACGUUAAACCCACAUCGGCACCAGAUUCCCACUGUGAUCAGGGCUAUUUGCUAUAUGGGGACUUCUGCUACCACUUUGAAGCAGAAGAGGUGAAGCCUUGGGAUGACGCAGAGCAGUACUGUGUCCAGCAGGGUGGUCACCUGGCCAGCGUCCACACUCCAGAGCAAGUGGGCUUCAUCACAGCAUACAUGCCAAGUGCUUCGUGGGUUGGCCUGAACGACAAACAGAAUGAGGGCACUUUUGUCUGGACUGAUGGCACUAAUGCGGAUUUUCUUCAAUGGGAACCCAAUCAACCUGACAACUGGCAGGGCAAUGAAGAUUGUGUCCACAUUCGGGGAAUGGAACACCACAAUCCUGGCACACUCAAUGAUCAGCCCUGCAGCUCCACAUAUCCUUUCAUCUGCCAGAAAGCCAAAGGCCAGGGCCCCCCACCUGUGCCCCCAACCUCAGGUCCAGGUUGGAAUGCGAAGUGCGGCUCCUGGGUGUCCGAUCCCUUCAACGACUACUGCUACCUCUUCAACUACCUGUCCAUGAGGACCUGGGCGGACGCGAGGGCCGACUGCGUCAACCAAGGGGGCGACCUUUUGAGCAUCACCGAGCCCUUUGAGCAGGGCUUCAUACAAGGUCAAGUGCAGCUGAUCCCCACGGGGGUGUCUUUGUGGAUGGGGGGCCAUGACUCUACGACUGAAGGGGGCUGGGAGUGGACGGAUGGCUCCCCCUACCGCUACAUCAACUGGAACGCAGGCAAUCCUGAUGAUUACUAUGGAGAAGACUGCCUUUCCAUACUCAUCAGUAGUGGCUACUGGAAUGAUGAUAACUGUGACCAGAACAGGGGUUACAUUUGCAAACGAAGAGGAAACACUCCAGAGCCUCCUCCACCUCAUGAUGGCUUCUUCACAGCCAUCGCCUGCCAGGGCUCCUCCAUUGCUCUCCACUGCCCGCAGAACAGCGUCAUCAACAUCCAGUCAGCUUUCUUCGGGCGCAAGAGCGACAAGAUCUGCCCUUACGAUGAAGGAGCCACAGGAUCUUGCACUGUGGAAGGCUUUCUGCCCUUGACCAGGAAAUGGUGUGACAACAGAGGCUACUGUUUUCUGUAUGCACACACAGAGACAGACCCCUGCCCAACAAUCUCCAAAUACCUAGAGGUGGUGUACAGUUGUGAACAGAAUGUGUGUGUGCGAGGGCUUGGUGUGGAGGAUGGGAAUGUGACAAACUCCAUGCUGUCGGCCUCCUCCUUCAUCAGUGGCAAGAGCCCUGCCCAGGCUCGACUCAACGGCGCCUCCUGCUGGAUGCCCUCUACUUCCCAAAGUUCCUGGAUCCAGGUGGACAUUGGAACUUCCAAGAAGGUCACAGGGGUGGUGAUCCAAGGAUGCCCUACAACAGAACACUGGGUCACCAAAUUCAGACUCCAGACCAGUACAGAUGGUUCACAGUGGACUGACUACACACAGGAUGGAGGGGAGUAUGUAGGCAGUGUGGACAACACCACUCCUGAGACGCAGCUCCUGGGGACGCCUGUCUCCGUGCGCUACAUCCGCAUCCUGCCACUCACAUGGAACGGACAAGUGGGACUACGGUUUGACAUCCUGGGCUGCGCCCCUGACUAUGCCAUAACCUGUGGCUCAAAAAUCAGCUUUGACCAUUCGACUGAUAGAAGGACUCUCCACUGCCCAGCUGGAUGUGCUUCGGAGCCAUACAGUGUUUACGGAACAAUGACGUAUCGUGGUGACUCUACGAUCUGUGCAGCUGCCAUUCAUGCCGGAGUGAUUCUGAAUGAGAAUGGAGGAGACUGCACUCUCCUCAAAGCAGCGGGCCAGUCCUUCUACAGUGGCUCCGCCAGAAACGGCAUUACCUCCAAACAAUUUGAUGGAAACUAUGGCGUGUCGUACGAGUUUGCAGAUGGAGAACUGCGCUGCUCUGGGCUCGACUGGUUUGAGUUUGGGGAGUUCUGCUACAAGCCAUUCGGUGACAAGAGGACAUGGCAGGACGCCCGAGACGAAUGCAGGAAGUUGGGGGCCGACCUGGUGUCCAUCGACUCCAUGACGGAGCAGAGUUGGCUGGAGAGCUACCUCUACAUGGCCACCAAUGAUGUGUGGAUUGGCCUUAAUGACCUGACCUUCCCUGGUUUGUACACCUGGUCAUCCCACUUCCAGGUCACCUUCACCUACUGGGCACCUGGCGAGCCCAACAAUCACCUGGGCUUCAAUGAGGACUGUGUAGAAAUGUUGUUCCAGACGGGAAGAUGGAAUGACAUCGCCUGCACUGAACUCAACACCUACAUUUGUAAGGCACCCAAAGCACACUACCCCCUACCCUCAGUCAAGCCCACGGUCUACGGGUGUCCACAGGGCUGGGAUGCAUACUCCUACGGCUGCUACUGGUUUGAGGAGGCGCCAAAGACGCGGGAUGAGGCCAAAGCCUUUUGUGAGGAGAAAGACAGCACACUGCUUCACAUCAUGGACGUCUAUGAACAAGCCCACUUCACAUCGCACCUGGGGAGAUACUCUGGGCUGUGGUGGAUGGGCCUGAGGGGACAAGGAGGUUCUGUAGGGGUCGAUUACUUCUGGGACAACGGACUACCGCUCUCAUACACCAACUGGGACAGGGACCAGCCAGAUAAUGAGGCAGGGUUCUGUGUUACCAUGACGACGGCGCCACUCGCUGGGUUCUGGAAUAACAAGCCUUGUACGGAGUUACACCCCUUCAUCUGUGAGAAGGAAAGGGAUGGCCUGUCUCCCCCAACACGAGCCCCCACUCCCCCACCUGUCCAGGGCUGUACGGAUGGCUGGACCGGUCAACCCCACUUCAGGAGCUGCUACAGGCUCUUCAGCAUGGACUACUCCAAGAAGAAGAGCUGGCAGGCGGCUCGAGAGGACUGCGUGUCGCGGGGGGCCGACCUGAUGAGCGUUCACACUGCUGAGGAGGAGAUCUUCCUGUCUUCCUACAGCAAGGGCAAGACCAAGUGGAUCGGCCUGAAGCACAACCCUGUGGAAGGAGGUUACCAGUGGAGUGAUGGUUCGCCCGUGACUCACACUAACUGGGCUCCUGGGGAGCCCAAUAACCACGAGGGGCGUGAGGAGUGUGUGGAGAUGGUGACCACCGCCAACGGCACCUCCUGGUGGAACGACCUGAACUGCGACGCUCACCAGGACUGGAUCUGCAUGAUUGCCAAGGGCCAGACGCCCAUCCUCCCCCCUGUGCCCCCUCCACCUGUCCCAGCCCCUGACUGUGGCUCAAACCCUGGAUGGAGGAAGAACAAGGGGAUUUGUUACCUCCACAAUGACACAGACAUCGUGGACUUCCACACAGCAUUCAUGCGCUGCUAUGCUGAGAAAGCCCGCCUGGUCUCUAUCCUAAAUGAGGACGAGCAGUCUUAUGUCGUCACCAUGGUGGGCACAGGACAGGUGGAUGCUGCUUGGAUUGGCAUGCGAAUGUUUGGCGUGGUCGGAGGACAGUAUCUCUGGGUGGAUAACUCACCUGUGACAUAUGUUCACUGGGCCCCAGGUGAGCCCAACGAUGCUAACGGGGAGGAACAGUGUGUGCAGAUGAACAGAUACCCAGGCUCGUGGAAUGAUGUGAACUGUGGCCGAGCCUCAGCUGGCUACGUCUGUAAGAAGCUACCUGGCGAGGUCCACACUCCUGCCCCACCUACCCCUGCCUGGACAGGAAACUGCCCAGAAGGGUGGAUGCUCUUUGGAAGCAAGUGCUACCUGUUCAAGGGAAACCAUUACGACCAGAAGGAGAUCAAAGCCGACUGGACGACGGCUAAAAAGUGGUGCAGGGAUAAUGGGGGAGACCUGGCUGUCAUCGACACGCAUUCUGAAAAUGAGUUUGUGUCUAGUUACCUGCGGGACCUGGUGCUGCCUGUGUGGAUCGGCCUGUCAGACACCCUCCACGAGGGCAAGUUUGCCUGGAGCGAUGGCGUGAGCUCGGUGCGCUACACCAACUGGGCUGACAAGGAGCCCAACAACUACGAUGGCAAGGAGCACUGUGCUGCCAUGAUGCACAACCACCUUCAGACGGGCCGCUGGAACGAUGACGCCUGCUCUCAGGAGAGGGGCUGGGUGUGCUACAAGAAGAAAUCGGAUAGCCUCCCUCCCUCCCCCAACAACCCGUGUCGAGAUGGCUACAUCUCCUGGUAUAAGAACUGCUACAGGCUGGUGUCAGAGCCCAAGACCUGGGCGGUCGCACAAGAAGCUUGCCAGCAGGAAGGAGGCAACCUGGCCAGCGUUGACAUGAGCUACGAGCAGGCCUUCAUCUCUGGAGCUGUGAUUCUGGGCAGGUCGGAUGUCUGGAUCGGGCUCAGGAAACAAGAGGGCAGUGACUCCUACUCAUGGUCUGACGGCUGGCCUGUAUUCUACACCCACUGGGGUCCCGGAGAGCCCACCAAUCACAAAGGAGAAGGCUGCGUGAGCAUGUACGCCGCUGGACGCUUCAUACAUGGCACCUGGAAUGACACGGCCUGUGACACUGCCAAGCCCUACAUCUGCAAGAUCUCCUCAGAGAGGCCUCCCCCGACCCCUGCACCUGGAGAUGGGAAGUGUCGCCCAGGCUGGAGGGCGUACGGACGCUUCUGUUAUUUCGUGUACGAUAGUCAGAAGGGCCUCUCCUGGGCAGAGGCGCAGCACUACUGCCAGCUAGGCUCAGCCCAACUGGCCUCCUUCCACAGCCGGGCCGAGGUGGAGUUCAUUCGGCAGAUGAACUACACAAAGUACCACCACCUCUGGAUCGGCCUCACCAGGGACAGCGCCUUUGGCUGGGGCUGGACUGACCUGACUGGUCUGGGCUUCGUGAACUGGGCACCAGGUGAGCCCAACGAGGUCAUCCACGACGGAGAGCUGAGCAAGGAGGACUGUGUGGAGAUGUACCACGACGGCCGCUGGAAUGACAACAACUGUUUGCAGAAGCGAGGCUUCGUCUGUCGGCAUCGCCAAUACUACUUCACUGAUGAUAACGGAGGGAUCAUCGUACCCACAGAUGCUCCCAUUGGAAGCGGCGAUGCUGGACUGAUUGCCGGGGCGGUUAUUGGUGCCAUCGUAUGCGCUGCACUGAUUGGAGGACUGCUGUACUACGUCAUCAGUGUGCGAGGAGUUAAACUGAAUUCUAUCAGCUUCCCCAGUCGAAGCACUAAAAGCAGCGUUGAAGUGCCCAACUUCAACAAUCCCAACUUUGGAGGGGAAUCAGAGACAUGAGAAGAUUCCAUAAAGUCGGCCAUCUUUGGAGGGGAGUCAGAGACAUGAGAAGGUUCCAUGAAGUCGGCCGGGUCA